UCUCCCCUCUGUCUUAACAGGAAGUAAAUUCGGCUUUUUCCUCAUGGGAUCAAACUAUUGGCGAUUGGAUGCGCUUUGUUGGCGCUGCCUAACGGGGAGCUCCACUCUGUCCCAGCGCUUAUGGAAUGGAAAGCCCAGCUGGGGGAUAAUUCGUGGCAGCUUUAGUUUGAUGUCCGGUCGGAAAGACUUUUAGGUCAGUCGUUACGUCUCAGAGAUGAGGUGAAUUAGAACACCACAACACCGCUCCAUACCCACAUCCUGCUUCAAAUAAGUACUGAACCGUUGACACAGUCAGCAUGCAUUAACAUUUAAGUAUUGUAGAAUAAAUGGUAAAUUCCUGAGGCGAGACCACGGUUGUUUUGCUGUGGUAAGAACGUGGUCACUUUAUUUUUAAUAUAAACAUGGAGUAGAAUGGCUGAAUAAUGAAGUGGCAAGACUAGUGUUCAUGCAACAAAGGAAUUUUAUGGAUUGUGUCUCAUUGCGUAACCUGUCUAUUGGCGAUGAAUGCCUCUGUCCUGUUGACUGAGGACGAAUUUCCCCGGCGUUGAAAAGGCUGUCGUCUAGGUUUCGCCGCGAUAAAUCUCCGAAGGGGCUGAUUGAUCGAUAGAGUAAUGAGACGAGUGGCAUCGUCUGCGUCCAGCCCAAGACCUGGAAAAAUGAAUUUUCCACCUGUCCCCUGGCUGCAAGGAAGAGUUAUGGUGGGUGCACAAAAUAUAAACAUGUAGCUCUCAAACAACGAGUCUCCCGCGCCAACCGCUUGUGUAUUAAUGUAGCCUGGGGCCGAGCUCGCGGCUCGACACUCUGGCUUGAGCAAUGUCCAUGACGGAUGCUCUGCAAACAGGUUGUCCUGCAGCGGCAGGAUAAUGAAUGCGUCGCUAUAUUCUGUUCUGGCUUCAGUCUUUGGCAGCGCAUCCGUUUCUUUUUGCAGAUCAAUGUGGUUUUGGGUAUGGGCGAAGCGCUACCAAGCGCACCACUGCAUCGGGGGGAUGUGGGCAGGGGAAGUGAGGCAGAUGCUGGGGAAAUGGGACUGAUUCUUUUGUACGGAGGCUGAAGAUGGUGGGCCUUACUGUAAUUGCCUGGGGGACAAAAUAAAGGCAAUCUUUGUGGACUGACCGAUUUAGUUUGGACAAGAAAACACUUCCUCUCUUGAAUGAACUUUUAUCUUGCGUUUGGUGUUUAUAGCUAGUUUACUCUCGUUGACAAUUUUAAGUGGAUACUUCUGGUUUGUAAAUAUACCAACGUUCUUGUAUUGAAGGGCGAAUGGACGGUUCAAUAUCUUCAGGGAUUUUUCUGGUCGAACAUUCAGUCAGCAUAACAUCUGUACCCUAAUGCUCAUAAAAAGAACAAGCAGUCAGGCUUGGCAGGCCCAAUCUUGACGUGUGCUUUUUGGUAUUGAUUCAGACUGAUUACCAAAAGCCCUGCUAAUGCAACUGAUUUUCAUCUGUCAGUCACCAGAAACGGCUGUAAGCUCUUGAAAUGUUCCAGUGCAGGCAAUCAAUAGUUUCUACUCCGACCUGUUGCUUAGCCACAAUACAUUUGGUCAGGAUCCUAAUGAUAAUACGGUGCAACCCGCUUAUAAGAAUAGCAUCCUCCCAGACAAUUUUAUUAUUACAAGCAAUAUAUUGUUAAAAGCGGAGUGCAUGGAAUUAAUGGAACAGGCGAAGUCAGGCAAAGAAAUUUUGUCCAUAAAUUCACCGAUUUUAACAUUAUAGAAGUAAACAAAGCCAUGCUUGUAUUUAAAACAAGUUGUGAAUAAAUAAAAUAAUCAUAGUACCGCAUAGUAGCCCACAUAAAUUUUCCUCAAGUUAAUUUCUUAGGAAUGUGAAUCUCUCACUCAACUAUGAGGCGGUGCUGUAUCUGAAACUAGGUGUAAUGCGUGAGCCACAAGGCGGUGCAGUCUACCCAAUUAAAACAUGAAUGUAGCUAUUUUCGACAAUGACUAUAAGCGUGAAGAUUGUUUUGCAACAUUGCCAACUUACAAUUACAAUAUAUUAAUUUAUCCAGAGGUGUAUUUACGGAAAAUGUAUGGCCAAAAUGUCAAUGGUGCCAACUGAAUUGUUGAAACAAAAAGUAACAUUUUAAGCCAUUUUUUUAUUUGGAAACAAUCACAUUGUUACUAAGAUUCCUAACUGAAAUGCCAAUUGUUUUAUCUUCUGUAGUGCCAAAAGUAAAUAAUUGUGUGGCAUUAAUAGGUUGUGUAUUCUACAAAUAUUUCAUGUUUUGCUUGUCCCCAAAUGGUGUGCUGUAUUACAUGGAAGUAUUUACUUUGAAACAAUUUGGUUCUAUGGUUUUUCCAUCACUACAUGUGGGUUACACCUGGACAUUUAGUAUGCCUACAAGCGAGCCAUUUGUAGAUUCUGUAUGCCCGUUUAAAUUGUUCAAAGUAUUAAAACUUGUUGGAUCAUUAAAUAUACUUAUUGUGUACACGUGCAUGUACAAUACGUAUACAAUAUAUAUGAACUAUACAUGCGUGACCUGUUUUAUUGCUUGGAUUUUGUAGUAUCUCUAUGCUACUAGAACGAACAAAGGCAUGGGGAAUAUAUAUGUUUCUAUUCUAUGGUUCUUUUACAUUGGAAUUUGUAAGGUUCACUCACUGCGAUCUAUUCCUGUAUUCAAUGGGCUUCCACAGGGCAGAGCGCCGCCACUGAAACCUGCUAUUGGUGCGUCUGCCUUGUUUCCCUUAAAAUUACAGCGCCUCAUCAAGACGCCUAAUUACACAUCAUUUGUAACACCAGACAGGAGGUUGAAAUUCCCCCUUUAACACACUUGUAUAACCACGCACUUAUAAUGCAAUGUACAAGCCUGUCAUGGACCCUUUUGUAGGUAAUGGUUUGCCCUGAGUACUAAUUUACCUUGUUGCAUUAGCGUGCAUUACUGUUUUUCUUCUGGAAGUAUUAGCCUAGAUCAUUGAAAGAACCCAUUGUAGGCUUCAGUACAGUAUCGCCUUCAGACAAAUAGCACUUUGUGGCUUAUCAACAGGAGCCCCAGCUAGAAUAAAUAUAUCAGACAUACCAAAAGUGUAGUUCCCCUUCCACUAAUGCAAUGAUGAACCUAUCUUUUAAUAAGGUGGCGAUUAAUGCUAAUGCCGUGCAAACGUAUUGGCUACAUGCAAAAUCUUUUCAGAAAUGUUCUGGAAUAUACAGAAAAAUGCGAAAAAGUCAUAUUCAUGGAUGAUGUACUACUCAAUGUAUGUUUAUACUUAAUUAAGAACCUAAUGAAAUUAGGACAAAAAAAGUUUAUUUUAGUUUAUAGCGUAAACAUCUGUGGUGUAGUACUUUCCAAAACUUGAGAGACAAAUUGUGCCUUUGGGUCCUACACUUACAGCUGAAGAAAGAAAAAUAACAGCCUUCCUGUAAACAGCAAGGAAAGUGAAGGAGGGGAUGGCAUCAAUGGAGAGCUGGAUCGGGCCAGGAAUAUGAUGUCAUCGGGCAAUACGAAGUGUUCCAUCCUGAUUAUAGCAGGAAAUGGCUGCUUUCCACCGAGGGUUUUAGAGGCCUGUGCGGUGCUGUGUGCGUGCCAAUUGAUUUUCACUAACUUCUUAAGAGGAGAGAAGCUGAGGAGAUCAGCUGAAAUUUAAUCAAUUAAAGGAUCUGUCAUUAUAGAGGAGGACACUGAAAUACUGAUUCUAUUCUCUGGUCUGUGAUCAACUGGUUGUACUACCCGGGACUAUGUGGUAACCAUGCCAGGAGUCAAAUGCAAGUCCAGUCCAGUGGUGGCGCGUAGGUUUUUUCGUUAUUAACAACAUGAUUGGGUUUGAAACAUGCCGUCAAGUAGGCCUAAGCCGUUUCAUAAAUACGUUAUGGUUCAGUGCAAGUUUUUAGACAGCUAGUCUAACCCAGCAUGAUUGCUGUUCUGUUAGAACCUUUUUAUUUUUAUUUAUUCAACCUCUAUUUCACCAGGCAGGUCACUUAAGAACAAAUCCUUAUUCUUAAACUUGCUGAACUUGCAGUUCUUGCAGAUUUCCUUGACGAACUUCACAAAUAAGUAAUUGACAAUUAUGCCUUGUUAGCAGAUCACUGAAAAAUACAGUAUUUAUAUUACCGAGAACACUAACAAACAUCAUGUUAACUCAUUUCAAACGAAUCAGUUAAUUACUGCCAAUUCGACCCUGUGUUCAUUUUUUGCUUUCUAAACAAUGCAUUUAAUGCGAUUUUUGUUUCUAUAUACAAUAUAUUCAAAUUCACGAUCGAUAAUUUAACGUAUGCUGCUGCUAGCUACAACCAACGUACACAAAUUAGUAUUAGUUAAUAAAAUGCUAUACAAUUUGUAUAGAAAUGCUUUACGGUGUCACGAUAGAGACCUUAAAUUGCUUUACAACGAUAAAAAAAAACCUUUCUGGCCAAUAUGAACAUGCACUGUCAUACUCACCGAGCAGCUCUCUCGUGUCACUGGGUCAGUGCGAGACCUUUGAAACCAGCAGGAAGCAAAAGGCGAGGAAAAGGAGCGUCUCGGCAGCCACGUAUUAUCACAUUCAUUUUCCUCCCCGACACGCAUGGAUAGCUUCUGCAGACUGUACCUAUGGCAAGCCCAGUAUGAGAUCAAACCGGCUCAAUCUGCUGUCAUUCCCUUAUCAUUUAGCGGGCUCGCUUGUGGCAGCAGUGCAGACAAGGCUCUGCGCAUUUUCGCGUGUGACAGACUCGCGUGCUUAUGCCUGGAAAGUUUAUCCUGCGUUUAUUAAAUUCUCUGUUUCCUUGGUAACGCGACCCAGGUGAAGAGACUCUCGUUCCAAAUGGUGUCGGUUUUCCUGCAAGCCCUCCAUUGCUCACGGUCUGUUUGGAUAUGAACCUGACAGAAGAGCAGCCGUUAAACCACAAGACCGGCCACACAUGGGAGAGUCGGUUUUCUCUCUAACUUUGCCAAACUGCUUUAACGUCAUUUGUUGCCGUGAGGCGCAUCGCGUAAUUUGGAUUUUAAUAUUUUCGGCGUACAUUUCGAAAUAUUCCUUGGGUUUGGUCGUUGUGGGUUCAGAUUUUUACUCUCGCGUAUUUUAUUUCGUUCUCAUCGUUCGUUUAUUUGAAAUGAACGUAGAGGGAGAGGCGGGUCCGGUUUGCAGGGGUACAGAGGGCGAGCCACGGGGAGGCGCUACAGCAAUUCAUACCAGCGUGGACCACCAACCAAGCGAUUUGGAAGGACAUCAUCACAGCGGCAGGACACAAGGGGACGAAGGAAAUGCAGAAAGAGAGUCUCUGGAUGUAAACCCAAGAGAAGGGCACAGCGGAUACAAUGCAGACACAAGUUGUGAAACGUACUGUUCGUCCAGUGCUGAGAAGCUUGGAGAGAGUUCGGGGAAAACGGAAACGUUACACUCCGACUGCAGUAGCGAUAACUGCAGCCCCACUCCGAGCUGUCGGAUUUGUUUCCAGGGAGCCGAACAGGGGGACCUGCUGAACCCCUGCAGGUGCGACGGCUCAGUGCGCUACACCCACCAGCAGUGCCUGCUGAAAUGGAUCAGUGAGAGGGGCUCCUGGACCUGUGAGCUUUGCUGCUACCGCUUCCAUGUCAUUGCCAUCAAGAUGAAGAGGCCAUGGAAGUGGCAGGCUAUCACUAUCACGUUAGUGGAGAAGGUGCAGAUCAUCGCUGUGUUCCUGGGCUCCCUCUUCCUGGUGGCCAGUGUCACCUGGCUGCUGUGGUCCGCCUUCAGUCCCAAUGCCGUGUGGCAGCGCAGGGACACCCUCUUUCAGAUCUGCUACGGCAUGUAUGGCUUCAUGGACCUGGUGUGCAUCGGUUUGAUUGGCCAUGAGGGAGCGGCAGUGCACAAUGUCUUCAAGCGCUGGCGGGCGGUCAACCUGCACUGGGAUGUGCAGAACUACGACAAGGCGGCCGACGUGGAGGAGAGCAGCAGUGGCGGGGAAUCGGCGGCUGGCCGGACGCUCUGGCUGCCGCUGGCCACCCUGAGGCCCGGCACCACCCUGAGCCCCACCCAGCUGGGUGCACCGUCCUCCUGCUGCCAGAGAGGCUGCGCCCUCCUGUGCCUCUGCGCCCAGCUGGCCACCCGCCAGGACCCCGGCGAGCGCAGCAGGUCGGGUGAGGUGGUCAUCCGGGUCACCUCUGUGUAGGCCACGCCCACUGUGAAAGGACUCCCAUCAGCCCCCACUGUGAGACUGGUAGUGCAGGCCCGGGAAGCACGGCCAAGGCCCUGCGCCAUCUCUGGUGCCACUGUAACGUGGUGGUUAUGUAGCAUUUCGGAUGGCAUCUCUGGACAGGACAGCGAAUGAAGGGGAUCUGUAGGAAUAUGAUUUUCUACUGAAGUACGAUGCUCUUUUUGUAUUGCCGCUGAAUGUAAGUCUCUUUUUGACAACAAAAUAUAAUGAAUGUCAUUAGUAUAAGGACAACAGAGGUACAGCGUGUUUCUGGCAGUGAUCUGUAAGCCCCUUUAUAUUUCCCUCAACACUUCAGAGAAUAAGGAACUAUAACACACUGACUCCAAUACAUUAGGAGGAAAGAGCUAGACGUUAUUCCAGCAAGGUACAGAAGUCUUGUUUUGGACCUACACAGACCAUGAAUUAAACUGGAACUCAAUUCGUCAAUUCAAUCUACUUCUCUUCCUUUAGCCAUUGAGUCACAUUAAAAAGUCAGAAAUACAUAUGACUGAAGUAGUUUUUGUUUAAAUGUACAUUAAAAAGGUUUUAAGACUAUUACUGGGGGUGUGGUAGAGUUAGUAAGCAACUUGGGACAAAUCCAAUCUACCUGCUUCAUUUUGUUCUUGAUUUUUCGUAGAAUUUAAGUGAGAAUGAACAUUUCUUAAGUGUUUAGUGGUCUUUAGUGGUCACAGACAUGAAUGAGAAAUGUUUAAAAUGAAAGUGUAAUUCUUCCACAAGCUAUUUACCUUAGUGGUAAACUUAAUUAUCCCUAAUUAUCACAUGAACAAUAUUCUACAUUCCUCCACCUGUAUAUAUUACAGAAUCAGUGCCCUUCUAAUUAAAACUACACACUUCGUAAAACAGCUCAGUACCAUUAUGGUAUACACACUAUAUAGUUUUUUCUGAUGUUGUUGCCUUCUGAGUCAGUACUGAUAUUGUUAGAAAAUAUCUAAUCUUGCUAUUUGUUCACUAAACAUGACUAAAAAACAGGCAUUAAGUAAACAGGUCAUAUGAUUUCUGUGUUGAUCAAUAUAACACUUUGGUUGAAAAACGGAGGCACUAUUUAAAGUAGCCAUUUUAAAACUUGGCAUUCAUUUUAAUCAAUACAUAUAAAAUACAAAAUAACAGUAAUACAAUUUAAUAAUUUCUCAUCUUUACACUGGAAAUAUGAUUAGCACAUACUCACAACCUGUUUCCUAAUUUAAAAAGUCAUACAUAAUAGGUAAGCAAGCAACACAGUUGUGUAUGUAGUAACCUUUUGGACAACGUGCAUAUAAAACUGUCACUCCUCUGAUUUUACUUAUUUUUCAUUGAGAUCAUGUUUUUCAUCAUUCACGCAUGAAAAUUCCUUCUGACACCCUUUGUAGCAAUAUGAUUUUUUCAUUGAAAAAAUAAUUAAAAACCAUUCCAUCACCUUUCAUUGACAAAAGUGUUGCAGACACAUGCACUGGAAAACACUAAUUACAAUUUUGUAUUUCACUGCUGAAAAUGUAUAAUGUGUCCUUGCAUGUACAAGUAGCAAUGGCACUGCAGUGUUAAUUUAGAUUAAAUGAUUCAUCUGGAACUACAAACAGAACGCGGUAAGGUUUAGGCACUUGCAUUUCCAGAUAAAGGUUUCUUAAUUUCAGUAAUUAACUAAGGCUGAAAUGGGCCCGAUACACUCUCACUUGAGAUAAAGGAAUAGGAAAUGGGCUUUUCUGAGUCAACACUCUUCAAAUGUACAUAAUUUGAUGGCAUCUUCUGCAGUAUUCUGAAUAUAUGUUGAAACCUGAGGACUUCCAAGCAUGGCAACAGCUUGACAUGUGUGCACAUGAAACCAUUUUCCAUUUCUUUGUCCAAGAAUGGCAACUGAACGAAAGCCGAUCUCAGCUAUAUGAACUGUAAACUGUACAGAAAACAGCCCUUGAGAGGAUUCUGUUUUCUGUACAUUCAUUGUAAAAAAUAAAGACUAAAAAACAUUUC